AUGAACGAAACUGAUUUCGUCAGAGAAGCUUAUAUUGCUGGAGUUUUACUGGUUACGGUAAGAAUAUUAGAUUUAUUUCAGAUUUAGAUUUUCAGCAGUAUUAAUUAUAAUGAAAGAAAUUUGCAAAAUUAGGUUUCGCUAAUUGGAUUCUUCUUCAACUUUUAUAUUUUUUCAAUAUAUUUUGUCUCAAUUUUUUCAUCCAACACUUCUGGUUUUCACCUAAUUUGUUUCUCAAAAUCAUUUUCGAAUUCUUUGAUUUGUUUGAUUAAUUUAUGUUGGACAGGUCCUGCAACGAUUUUGUGGGUUUUGAAAAAAACACAUUUUUCAUUUGGUAUCAUUGAAGUUCAGAUUUUCCUCAUUUCUACCUUCAUUUUGGAAUAGUCUUCUAGGUCAAUUGAAUGAGUACGGUCUCUAUGUUAUGGGUAAAUUUGAAUUUUCAGAAGUUGAAGUUUGACAACUAUUGAGAACAUGUUUAGGUCCAUUUUCUCAACUUAUUAUGUCUAUUGAUCGUUUUCUGAUCAUGUUUUUUGCAAUGAGUGUAACUGAACAUCAGAGAUAUCAAUUUUCAAAGGUACGCGGUAUGAGUUGGUUUUAUUGUGAUUUUUUAAGUUGAUUUUCUCAGGUUUCCUUAUUUUUCUGUUGGUCUCUCUCAACACUUUUCAUGUUUAUAUCAUAUCCAAAUAAUUGUUGGGUGUUUUAUUCGAUCAAAAUUCUCAACUACAAUGUUAUAAACUCGUCUUGUGAUAAAAUAAAUCUCAAAAUUCUCACAACUUUAUGUUACACUUUAUGGUUUAUUUCAACACUUUGUCAAGUUUCAAUUUUUGCACGGCUUUUGCAUAUGGUAUAAAAAUCUAUUGAAAUACUCUGAAAAUUGAUCCUCUCUCACUUUCAGAGAAGUUCAUCAUCGAAUUCUUUUAUACAGCGUGGAAAAACAAUCCGACUCUUUGUUCAAUGUAUGAUCCAAGAUACUUUAUAUACCCUGGAUCUCAUUAAUUCUCACAAUUUUUUCAAAGUCAAUUCAGUUUUCGGCCAAUUUUUUGUCUACACAUUUUCCCUUGUUUUUGUUCAUACAAUUGAUGGACUUAUUAUGUGUCUAUUUCAUGCAAGAUGCGAAACUUUUAAAAGAUUCAAAGCAUUGAAUCAUUCCAAACAAAUUGUUCAACACAUCAGGGUUAAAUCUGCUUGAAAAAAUGGAUAUGAAAUCAAACAUCAGUCUCGAAAUGAAGGUGAUAAUUAUUAUUUUAGAAAGUAUAACUCACAUUUCUCAAAAAAAAAAGUUGCUUUUUUCUUUGAAAAUAUUUCUAAAAAUUCGUAUAUUUUUGCAAAUAAACUAUUGUAUAACAAUUCAAAAAACAAUCUGCAACUAGUUUUUGAAUUGGACUAUGGAAAUUUGAAAAACUGCUUGAUGAAAGAAUAUAUUAUUAAUCAAUUUAAAAUUAAUUAUCUUUGGGAAACUUCUUGUUUCAUUGUUUUUCUAUCUUUUAUCACUAAUUUAUUUGGAACUCAUAUGUUAGUUUAUCAUUCAAAAAAAAGAAAAUAAACUGUACCGAAUAAUUUUAAUAUUUUCUCAACUUUCUGUUUUUAUUUGUCAAUCAUAUUGGGGUUUAUUUCAAUGCACAAUUGUUCUUUUUCCAUUUCCUGGUGCAAUUUCAAUUGGUUUACUUUCCCAUUAUUUCUCUACAGUAACCCUAGCAUUCUUCUGGAUUCUAUUAUUUCUUAUUCAUUUCAUUCUAUUUUUCUCUGUUUUAAUUAUUCGAUUAAAAAUUGUUGAAAGAUUUAUAAGUCGAAAAUCGUCAAAUCAUUAUAUUUAUAUUUGUUUCAUUGUUACUUUUUGUUUCGCCAUUACUAUUUCUUCAAUAUUUUUCAUUUAUUCAAAUGAUGUAUCAUUCGAAAUACUUGAAGAAUCAUAUUUAAAAUAUAUUGAAUUUUCAAAUAUUUAUGGUAUUCUUAUUAUAACUGAUCCAAAUAUUCUCAAAGGUGUUAUUCUAAUUGCACUUUCAGCAGUAAUUAUAACUAUUCUAGUAAGUUUUAGAAAUACACCAAAAAUAAAUAUUCAAUUAUUUUCUUAUUAAAAUAAAAUUUCAGCUAUAUAUUUAUCUGUGCUAUGUUAUUUUCUCCAAAGUUCGAUCACAGCAAAAUCAAAUGAGCCGAAUUCAAAAAAAUUAUCAAAGAAAAGUUAUGCACGAUUUCACUAUUUCAUCAACUUUGAAGUGUUUUACUUUGGGAAGCUAUGGAUUUUGGUUGGUUUUUCAAUAUUUAUUCGAACCUUUUGGACAUAUCAAUUGUUUGUUUAUUGAUUUCCCAAAAACAUUGUUUUAUAACUAUUUUUUCAGAUUUAACUGUUGUUGCUCAUUCAAUUUUUAUAGGUUCUCCUAUUCCAGGAACACUUUUUAUGAUUUUUCAACAUCCAACUUAUCUGAAUAUUUUGUGCAAAAAGAAUAGAGUUCCAUCAUUAUUUCAAACCUCUUCCACUUAUUAA